AACUCCAUAUAUACUUCCCAUGCCACACGCCAUACAUAAUACAAUCAUAUGUUCAUAUCUCCUUUGCCUCUAAAAACCAAAACUCGCGACUGCCAAAAGAAAGAAGCAAAUGAGCUCCAUCUCUCUUUCAUUUUCUGCUGCCUUACUUCCUCUGAAUCUUCCCCAAGAUGCAAAUACUAGGUGUGCAUCUCUAAAGGUGAUCAAGAAUCAGCUUGGGCCGAUCGUACGACGUAGUUUUAGCACCAGCCGCCGAGUUCCCGGCUUCAGUGGGAUGGUAGCAGAGAGCGGGAAUGUGCAAUCGCCUGCUGUCCCAACAUCGGUCCCUGUUCGUGUCGCAAAUGAACUACUUCAAGCCGGUCAUCGUUAUCUGGAUGUUAGAACCACCGAGGAGUUUAGUGCUGGCCACGUCGUUGGUGCUGUUAAUGUUCCUUUCAUGUUGAGGCGUGGCACAGGUAUGGCCAGGAACCCCAAAUUCUUGGAAGAAGUAUCGACUCAUUUUAGCAAAGAUGAUGAGAUUAUUGUUGGAUGUCAGCUGGGGAAAAGGUCGUUAAUGGCUGCAUCUGAGCUCGUUUCUGCUGGUUUCACUGGAAUUACUGACAUGGCUGGAGGAUACGCUGCCUGGGUACAAAAUGGACUUCCCUCCACAGCAUGAUCUCCAAAAAGGGAAUAAAAUUAAGUGAAGAAACAUGAAAUGUACAUGUCAUAUACUAAUGUUUCAUAUAUAAUUUCUUCUUAUCCAUAUAUAUGAGAAAAGGGCUGAAUCAGCUGGUUUGUAUAUAUAUUUAAUAAAUGUACAUUGAUGAGACAUCUAAAUCAUGGUUUUCAAAUA